AUGCUUCGUUAUUAACCAACACUCUUAAUUAGAUAAUCUAAAUCUUAUUGGAAUAAGGAAAGAAUAUUUUUAAUAAAUAAGUCUUAUAAAUUGGCUUAUGAGGAAAAAUAUAAGAAUUUCACAGUAAAAUUAAUUACUAACCUGUUUUUGAUAAAGAAAAAAAUACUCAAUGUUAAGAUAAAAUCAAGGCUUUAGUAAUCCUACAAAAAAAGGAUAAAUUAUAAGAAUAAUAAAUAAAAAAUUUGGUUUAUAGAUUUUUAAAAGAAACUAUAAGAAGAAUUUUAAGGAUAUAAAACCUAAAGAUUAUACCAAUCUAUUCUUUAAAUUAGAGAAUCUUUUUGUAGUUGCUCCAUUUAGAAUAAGAAAUUUCAAUUUAAUUUAAAUUUUUAGAAAACAAGAAUAACACUCCAUUCCGCUCAUGAUGAUGAAAAACUUUAACUGAUGAAUUUUAGUUUUUUGGCUAUUUCAAAGUUUGUCCCUCCUAUGAUAAACCAUUCAAUAAUUUAAAGAAUUUUGCCAAAGAACAUUUAAUGA